AAAAGCGGGAGACAAAGGGCAAAGGCGACGACGUGCAAUCGACUGAGCAAACAUUGAAAAUGUUGAAAGAGUUGGUGAAGGAGCGACUCAUGGCGGCGGCUGACGAAAUAUUGGCGCUGUUUGAAGGAACGAUAGCGUCCUACGAGGAAGAACUUUCCCGAACGAGAGAGGAGAACGAGCGACUUCGACAGCAGCACGAAGCUGUUAGCAAGACUCACAAUCUGUUCCACGUUGAAGAGGUCCAGCAGCUGAUUGGUCAUCAAGAACAUCCCCCUCAGACGCAGGUGAGGAGCUCCACUUUGAAGCAGUUGGAUCCCCAGCCCCCCCACGUUAAAGAAGAAGAGGAGGAACUUCAGAUCUCUCAGGAGGGAGAGUGUCUUCUAGAACUGGAGGAGGCUGAUCUCACCACGUUGCCACUGACUGGUGUCUCUGUGAAGACUGAAGACCAUGAAGACGAUGCACCUGAGUCGUCACAGCUUCAUCACAGUCCGAGUGAGGAGAACAGAGGGGUGGAGCCUCCAAGCAGCCGCAGCUCACCACAACACAUGACAACAGAAGCAGAUGGAGACCACCGUGGAGGAUCACAAGCAGACAAGCUCUUAGCUCCGCUAUCAGAUAGUGGAGACACAACAUCACACUCUCCUGAGGAUGAAGAAGCCUUGAGCAGCGAUGCAGACUGUGAAGGUGACGUGAGGACUCACACUGACAACAAACACUCUAAAAAGAAGACGGGUAAAAAAUAUUUCACCUGCUCAAUUUGUACUAAAAGAUUUUUUUUUAAGAGCCUUUUAACUCAACACAUGAGAACACACACGGGAGAAAAACCUUUUAGUUGUUCCGUGUGUGACAAUACCUUUACUCAAAGGUCCACUAUGAUGCGACACAUGGCAACUCACACGGGAGAGAAACCUUUUAGUUGUUCAGUUUGUGGGAAGAGAUUCUCUCAAAACUCACACAGGCUAUCUCACAUGACAACUCACACUGGAGAAAAACCUUACAGUUGUUCAGUUUGUGUCAGUACAUUUACUCAAAGGUCCACUUUGAUGCGACACAUGGCAACUCACACGGGAGAGAAACCUUUUAGCUGUUCAGUUUGUGGGAAGAGAUUCUCUCAAAACUCACACAGGCUAUCUCACAUGACAACGCACACUAGAGAAAAACCUUACAGUUGUUCAGUUUGUGGUGAAACAUUUUCUGUGAGGUCCCAUUUGACAGGACACAUGAGAACUCACCCAGGAGAAAAACCUUUUAGUUGUUCAGUGUGUGCUAAAGGAUUCUCCCGUAAGUCCAACAUGGUAGAUCACAUGAGAAGACACAGAGGAGAGCAAGAAGGGUUGGGGUCAGCCUCAGAUAAGAAUAAGAUCAAUGAUGGUGUCUGAAAUUCAAUCAGCGGUCGGCAGAACCACAAACACUUUGGAUGGUCUUUGUGACAUUCAUCCAUACCAUCGAUAACCGAUGCAGUCAAUAUCAAGUAUGUAUUGUUAUGUGAUCAUUCAAGUGCUCACGACACCAAAAAGGUAAGAAAACAAUAAACAGAAAAUGAAAGAAUUUGCUGAAUAAAACAUUUUGUCACACUGCUGCCAUCGAUAAACAACUAUGAAACAGGAGUGAAAUGAAGUGGUGGUUUUCUUGGUAUAGAUCCAAACAGUGUUCUGGAUCUAUAUCAUCAAACAUACAUUAACCUCCAGUUAUCCAUUCACAAUAACAAAAAACUGCUUUUUGUACAUUUACUAUAUAUAUACUACUGUAUAUAUUUUGUGGAAAGAAACAUUUUGUCUCUGCAUAACUGCAAAAAGUCCAUCAAGCUAGUAAGGAGUCAAACCGAGAAUGUUGUCACACUUUAUCCAUCGUGCCACUAGCCCUAGAAAGACCACAUCAUGCCAGGUUGUGAAUGGUCACUGUUUUUCCCCAAAGUAGAACAUCUGUUCAAACACCAAAAAGGAACCUUAGGGGACUCCAAGUUGCCACAAUACAGAUUUAAACUGGGGUUGCUGCAGCUGCACAACACAGAGUACCAACAACCAGGUUGAUGCGUACAGUGUGUACCCAUCUGACGUUUAAAUCUCAGACCACCAUCAGAAUAAUGUACGUCAAUGAAAAUGGCCUACUUCAGAGCUUAUAUGGAACUAUGUCAACAAAGAUAUGGUAAUCUCAAGUUAUCCAUCCACGAUAACUGACAAACUUGCUCUCUAAUCUACCUUCUUUUCUGACAGAUUUUUGCAAACACUUUGUCUCAGGACAAUUGGAAAAAAGUCACAGCGAGCUAGCCAGGAGUCAAACCUGACUCUUGUGAUCUGCGUGAUCCUUUUGCGCUAGUAGUCAAAGAAAGGCCACAUCUGCGCCGUCAUGCCAGGCUGCGGAUAUUCCAAACUCUUUUCAGACCCCAAACAGGAAGUCUACUUUCGAGCUAGAUUCAUACAGGGUGUGCUACAGAAGCACAUGGGGAGUUUGCUGAAAGCCGGGAUAGAACCAGCGACCUUUAGGCGCUCCCAACUGAGCUGUUUUCCAGUCAGGGCUCAUUGGUUCAAGUGUGACAAGGGGAAGCAGGGUUGCCCUUGUCAUUUGAGGGCUAAAAGGAGCCUUCCCCCUCAGCUAUCAGGGCUUUUUUGACAACACAGACCCAGUGUCCCCACUCUUGAUUUGAAGAGAAGAAAUCUUUGUUUUGUCUGACCAGACGUUUUGUCCAGAACAGGGUCGGCGUGUCCACGAGCUGUAUUUUUUGUCAUACUAUCCUAAUAUUUUGUAUUACUCCAAACCUACCUGGUUUGAAUCACUGUUUUGUUGACUAUUCAGCAACAUUGCUUACAUUUGUCAAUGUCACUGUGGCUAGUUAGCACAUGGUGUUUUGUCGUGACAGAUACUAUGAGGACGGUUGCAACUGUCCCCAUGCUAAUAUCAAAAUAGACCACAGUAAGCACAAUUAAUAUAUUUUACUGCUCAUGAUGGGCAGAAUAGGGAAUCAUAAUAAGAAAUUAAUGCUAAUGAUAAACAAAAUAAUUCCUCAAAUAACUUGUUGAGCAAAAAUGAGCGAUUAGUUAGAACCUCAAGAACAUCAAACCACAAAGAAAAGAAUUUGUGUGCCUUUAACAAAACUUAAAAACCAAACUUUAUAUUCACUGGAGUUUUAAACCAAUGUGAAUUUUGUUAACUAAAACUGUUCACUGUUUGUUCACAUGUUUAAUAAAUGUUUUUUGCACUCCAAAUUAUUCUAUUCUUUUUGUCCCAAACUGAAAUAUUGAGUUUUUAAUUGCUUCCGUAACAUUUGCACAUUGACUUAAAGUAGGCCUAUGUUUUACACAAAACUAAACUUAUUAAAUACUUUGAUAUUGUAUACUGUGGUUAUUUAAACAAAAAGCAUAAAAUGUUGGUGAAAUUUAAUGUUUUUUGAUAUGUUGCAACCGUCCCUGUUCAGUGUUGCAAUUGUCCCCAGGUGUGGGGUCAGUUGCAAUGUCUGAAUUCUUUCAUUCAAAUAAAUAUUGUGAUUGAUAUGUUAUAUGUAGCCAUCUUUAAAUGGUAUGGCUAUUUAGCAGACAGAUGUAGGUUUACUAUGUAAAGAUUUGGUGUGCCUAGUCUGAAUCAUCUCUGAGUAAUGAGAGAGUAAUGUAAAAAAGUGUUGCAACUGUCCCCAGUCUCCCCUACAUAUAGGGUACGCAUAUAGAGUACACACAUAGCAUAUGUAUACAUACAGUACACACAUAGAAUAUACAGUACAUAUAGGGUACACAUAUAGAGUACACACAUAGAAUAUACAUAUAGGGUACACAUAUAGAGUAUACACAUAGAUAUGUUUUUAUAGAGUACACAUCUAGAGUAUACAUACAGAGUAUACACAGAAUGUUUAUAUAGAGUACACAUCUAGAAACGUCUAGGGGCUUGCUUUGCGGCUUGCUUGAACGAAAUCCCGACGUUCCUUGAAAUGAAAGGCAUCGAGCAACAUGAGGUAGCCGAAACUGAGUGGCUUGUCAAGUUUUACUAUCUCGUGGACAUGACUGAACAGCUCAACGUGCCGCUGUGGCCAAGUGUGCCUGUCAGGAAUCGCCCUUGUCGACCACCAGCGCGCCUGCGCUGAACGUGGUCAAUGCCCCUAAAAUCUUUGUUCGCGAAGCGUAGCCAAGAAGAAGAGAGUAUACAUAUAGAGUACACAUAUAGAGUAUACAUCUAAAGCACACAUCAAGCGUAUACACCUACAGUACACAUGUACUGUAGAGUACGCAUCUAGAGCACACAUAGUAUUCGGCUAGUAGUCUCUGGGAGACAGUAAAAGUAGCAUUUUCAUAUUCGUCAUAAGAAAAAGAAGGAAAGAUUACUGUUGGGAGAGUUGGAGAAAAAAAUCCAACUCCUCGAAACCACUCAUGCUGACUCACAAGAUGAGCACAUCCUGAGUAACCUAAGAAAACUGAACUUAAAAGAAGUUACCGAUAAGAAAAUUCAAACUGCAGAGACUGCGUCUGGAGAAGUUUGAGCAUGGCAAUAAACACAGAAAAAAGCUCAAUCUCCUCCAUUAGAGACUCAGGAGGUCAUAUCACUCACCUCCCGGAGGAAAUUCAUUCUCUUUAGGGACUUUAAUAAAAAUCUAUAUACACCUCAGAUUAAACUACCUCUCCCAGAUAUUUAAACUUUUCUCAACACCACAGAAAGAGAAAGAAUUACCCACUAAGUGACAAAAUGUGAUAACAUCAUAUAAAUUUAAUCAGUAAAAAUAAUCGGUGAAACACUGUCAAAAUGUGAUUGAUUACUUGUAAACAUGUGUGGUUGUGGUCCUUUUUUUUGUACAUAUCUGGUGAGAUCAUUUUGUAGGGCGUGGUGAUGAGGUGUGGGAAAAGGAAGGGGUGUGACUUUAUUUACUUUAGAAUGUGAGUAUUAUUUUAAAGCGAAUUAGUGGGCGUGGAGAAGGUGGUGAGGGGUGAGGAAAUGUGUGAGAUGUCUUAUAUAGCGAGGAGUGUUUGAUUCAGACUAUGAGUGACUGUUUGUUGGAACUGUACAUAAACUAACCAGCAAUAUAAUUAUGACUCAUUUAUCGUAGUAGUGUUAAAGUGUGUUUGCCCUUCAGUCUGUUUUAGGAAUACAGCGGUGACCUAGCAACAGAGAAAGUGACGACUUAUGAGUUAGGGUUACCAACCGAUGACCUGCAACGCUGUGCUGGAAUGUGCUUCAUAACACAUGUCUAUGAUAAUCACCACGAGACACGCACAUAGACAAAACAAGUACAGUUGUGCAGCUGCGUUGCUCACCCCAUCCCUUAGAGUCGCACAACCUUGUAGAUAGGGAAUACCCAAAUAAAAAGUGAGGGCUCGUAGAGCGUAUUCAGAGCGGUGUGGGAAGGUAACUCUGGUAUGUUCCUCCGUUCUCCUCGCGAGUAAAAAGAUAUGCUUGUUGUCUUGUCUCUUCUGUAAUUUUGCUGUGUUUUACAGUGUCACAGGAGUUUGAACCUGACACUGUUGGAAAAAAUGGCAACGUUCAGGAAAAAGAGUCCACAUCUUGACGGGGGCAGACUAGUGGUUAGUGAGUUUAGAGGCAUGGGAGUAGUUCUCUUUGUCGAUCAGCGUCAAAUGUCAUGAAAGCUCAUAACACGUCGGCUUGCCUUUGUGCACCCGAUCAGAGUGCCCGAAUACAUUCCUUCAUCACGUCACUGUACUGUUGGAGCUCCGUGACCAAUUUAUAGCCGGAGUUCACGCACUACUUCCGGGCUGCUAGCUAGCUAGUUAGCAGCUAGCUGGCAAGCCUCGCUGGCUCCAUUUCACAUUUUCCAUAGCUGGUUAGCAAUCCCCCCCCAAAAAGGCUGCUUCUCUGCGUUUUGCCAACUUUAUUUUACUCUUGUGAUUCUGGCAAAUAUUGUUUCUGAUAUUUAAAAUGCACUUUUCUGGAAGAUAACAAUCGUUUUUAACGCUCUCUUGGGUCAAAAUGGCUGAAUUUGCAGAUCAAAUACACGGAAGAAGGCUCAGGUGAGGACGCCGUGGGCGUGGCUUCUCGGCUCAGUGUGUAAACCCCGCCUACCGUAUGAGUGCUCUCUCUGUCAGCAUGUGGCCAAUAAUAUCCUUGAUUACGUGGCGGUGUUUCCCCCAACCCUGAUGCCGUCUUUUUUGCAAAUUUGCCACACUUCAAUGUUUCACAUCAUCAAACAAACUGAAAUAUUAGUCAAGGACAACACAACUCAACACUUUAUUAUGAAGGGAGAAAAAAAUAACACCCCUAUAGUCACCUUUACACUCUUAUUACCCGAUAUAGUAGACAUAAUAAGAGAAAAUAAGACACAGAAAGCCUGUUUACCACUUUUCAAAUAUGCUUUUUAACACGAUGAGAGCCCUCUAGACAUGAAAUAACACCCCUAUAGUCGCCUUUUAAUCUUUCAUGCCUUUAACCUUUGUAAGUACUCCACCGCAUAUCAUGUCUGGACCAGGGUUUUUUUGUCCCUGAGGAGAUGGCUUACUUCUAUAUUGAAACUGUCCAGGAGAAGACAAGCGUACAAUAUCACGUACUUUCCACACAAGGCUGGUUUUAAGCCCUCAAAUGAUAUUUUACAUCCGUCUUUGAACAUUUUUUGGGUGUUUUGUGUCAGUAAAUGAUGUCUUGCUAUAAAUGUCACCUGUGCGGUUUUAUAUUUCACCAGAUACAUUAAUUUGAUCAUUUGUGAAACAUUGGAGUUUGUUUAUCCCAAGAAGAGAUCAGUACGGGACACCCUUUUCAAUCUUUAGUGCAGUAAUUGUCUGGAAGAUGCCACAAAAGCUCAGUGCUGGACUUCAGUCCAUCCAUCAUCUAAUAGUUGUUCAAUGAUCCCAGGUCCUUUCCAAUAGCAACAAAGCACCAGAGGUGGAGCAGUCCUAAAGCAGAGGCUCCGGUGUCACGUAUAAUCAAAGCGGUUACUCUGGCUGUGUGUGGUCCGGAUGCAGCGGGGCCGCCUCUGCAUAACUAAGGCUGUGAAUACUUGGGUGAGUUCCCCUACCCCUGACUUGGAGGACUCAUCCCUCCAGUGGGGGAGAACGGGGUAGUCAGGUAGGGAGGUACACCUGCUUCAUAGGGAGUAAGGGUCUCGCACCACCUAGCUAACUCGGGUUUAAACACGAGCGAAAGAAGAAGCCUCGAACUAGGAAGCACCUAUUCUGGUAUGCUAUUCUCAAGUCCCGCCCACACAGUGGCGGUACCCUUUCCCUAUGUGGACCGGUGGUGUGUGGCCAAUAGUCUGCAUCGAACCGGCCCCAGCUUGUAUCAAUCAAGGGCCUGUGUGAGCGCUUUCUUCAUGUGCGCGCUAUGGUGGGUUUGAGAAGGUUACCAAGCAAUCUGCCUAUGCGAUCAACAUCCUUUAAAGAGUGUGUAACUUUUGUAAAGUGCUCUUGUAAGUGUGUGCUUUGUUUCACCUAAAAUGCCAAUGCCUUUUGCUACAGACGUUUCUUGUGAAGUUCCUAACAAGGCACCCUAAAUGUACUUUCAAAUAAUCUUUCGAUCACAGUGUAUUUCCUAAAGUUAGCAAACAUUUAUUGCAGAAAAUCAGCCAAGGCAAACAAAGUACAUGAAGAAAUAAGCAUCCAGAUAGACGGGUAGAUGGAUAGAUAGAUGGACAGAUAGACUGACAUGCAAACACACAUCAGGUGCUGCAUUCAAUGUCCACAGUCGAAUACAUGAUCAGACGAGACCCCACCAGGGAACUUCCUUUCCAAUCAGUGGCUCUGCAUGUGUCUGUUUAAAGACGACUUCCGAGAAAAUUCAUCUCCGCAUGUGGAGCAUCUGAAAGGUUUUUCUCCCGUGUGCGUUGUCCUGUGCGCUCUCAUGUGGGCCUGAUGAGAGAAGGCUUUCCCGCAGUCUGAGCAACUGAAGGGUUUUUCUCCCGUGUGCGUUCUCAUGUGCGAGAGCAUAUUGACCUUUUGGGUGAAGCUUUUCCCACAGUCCGAGCAGCUGAACGGCUUCUCCCCCGUGUGCGUCCUCAUGUGCGACAACAUGUGGACCUUCUGGAAGAAUUUUUUCCCGCAGUCUGAGCAACUGAAGAGUUUUUCCUCCGUGUGCGUUCUCAUGUGUGAGAGCAUAUUGACCUUUUGGGUGAAGCUUUUCCCGCAGUCUGAGCAACUAAAAGGUUUUUCUCCCGUGUGCGUUCUCAUGUGCAGUAGCAUGUGUACCUUCUGGAAAAACUUUUUACCGCAGUCUGAGCAACUGAAGAGUUUUUCUUCUGUAUGCCUUCUCACGUGCGAGAGCAUGUUUCUUUUGACAGAGAAUCUUUUAUCGCAAACGGAGCAACUAAACGGCUUUUCUCCUGCGUGUGCUCGCAUGUGCGACUCCAUAUUCAUGCUGACGCGUGACGUCGUGUCAUCACUGUCUGAUAGCGGAGCUAAGAGCUUGUCUGCUUGUGAUCCUCC